AGCUAGCUUCCGGCUGUGACGUAUUACUCCGCCACCGGUCAUUCUGGCCGCCAAAACAAACAUGUAACGUCACUAGUUUCAUCACGAAAACCACCAUCCGACAGGCCGACUAAUGAUGGACAAGUUAGGAGAGACGUUGAUGUUGGUGGUGAAGCAGUGCGAGGUAACGUGGACGCGGAACGUGGUGUAACGGCGGGUUCACGACGACGAUCCAAGACGCGGGCCGUGCUAGCCUAAUAGGCUUCCGUGCUAGCCGAGCAGAUGGCAGUCCCGAAAGAUUAAGUCUAGCACUUGGCCUCAGAAGUCAACGCGAAAAAUGUCAGUCUGAACAAGCUACUUAACUACAAGGGCAACAUGAAGACAUCCAGAACUGCCACCGCCUCGUCACUGGUAAAUGGGAAUCAAAGUGACGAGAGGCGGCAGAGGAAGAUGGCAGACAUCGCUCAAGCCUUGCAAGCGAGUCCAGCGGACGUGGCGGCCCUCAGGAGGAUGGCCAUUAGCGAGGGUGGCCUGCUUACGGACGAGUUGCGCUGUCAGGUUUGGCCGCGCCUCCUCAACGUCCCGCCCAACAUCUUGGAGCAGGAGCCAGAGAUAGUGGAGCGGAACAACAACAAGGACUAUAACCAGGUGCUAUUGGAUGUUCAGCGGUCACUACGAAGGUUCCCUCCAGGUAUGCCGGAUGAGCAGCGCGAGGGUCUCCAGGAGGAACUUAUAGACAUCAUCCUCCGCGUGCUAAAGCGGAAUCCUCAGUUGCACUACUACCAAGGUUACCACGACAUCGUGGUCACCUUUCUCCUCGUCCUGGGCGAGCGCUUGGCCACCGCCCUCGUGGAAAAACUCUCGACGCAUCACCUCAGGGACUUCAUGGACCCCACCAUGGACAACACCAAACACAUCCUCAACUACCUGAUGCCCAUCAUCGAGAGGGUUAACCCCGAGGUGCAUGAUUUCAUGCAACAGGCUGAGGUGGGCACCGUUUUUGCGCUCAGCUGGCUGAUCACCUGGUUCGGUCACGUACUGUCAGACUUCCGCCACGUGGUACGGUUGUACGACUUCUUCCUGGCCUGCCACCCGCUCAUGCCUAUUUACUUCGCAGCCGUGAUCGUACUGUACAGAGAAGAGGAAGUGCUGGAAUGCGAGUGCGACAUGGCGAUGGUCCAUCACCUGCUGUCUCAGAUCCCUCAGGAUCUGCCCUACGAGACCCUCAUCAGCCGGGCAGGGGAUCUGUUUGUUCAGUUUCCCCCAUCCGAGCUAGCUAGAGAGGCCGCCACGCACGAUUGCAUGGCGACCACCACCUUUAAGGACUUUGACCUGGCUUCGACGCAACAGCGACCCGACUCGGUGCUCCGUCGUCGGCGGAAGCAGCAGCAAGAGGUGCCCGAGCGCUCGGUAGUGGCCCGACCGUCUGUGACGCGCCGCUUCGUACGCUUGGCGGUAAUGGGCCUGACUGUGGCUUUGGGGGCGGCGGCGCUGGCUGUGGUCAACACCGCCCUUGAGUGGGCCCCCAAGCUGGACCUUUUUCCGUGAACUAGGGACACACCAGCACCAGUCAGUUACUUUUCCUCUUUACAACCCUAACUAAAUGAAGGACAUCUUAAAGAUCAUUACAGUAAUCUCCGCCAGGGACAUGUAGAGGCCACAUAAGAGCUUUGUAAUUGCCUAUAAAUUCCACAAGAUGGUAGCAAAGCACGACUAUUCUUCUGAAUUAAAUUUCUCAACUCACUUAGCGACUGACUUAUUUUCUCGGCAGCAAAGACAUUUUUUUCUUAACCUGAACACAAAAACAGAAAGUUAUGGGUUUACUCUAGUAAUACCUUUAUUUAUGAGUUUCAAUCAGUCUGGUACUGAGCUUGAAAUCAGUGUAAUCUUGACUCAUUCACCGUCAUUGGCAGGGAUAGGAUUGGACAUCUAUCGAUGGCAGCCAAUGACGAAAUAUCCUAUAAAACUGACCACUGGAAUUUCUGUUUCCACCCUUUGGCAGUGCUUUGCGCCAUCUUGUGGCAAUUUACGGUGUUUUACAAAAAGCACACACAACAUGGAUUGGCUAGAUUUAAAAGGUUCCAUAAAGGGAACUGAAGUGUGAACAUCUUUGGGAUUACUGUACAUCAGAACUGACAAUUUCUUAGUCUUCUUGUUAUUGUAACGACUGAGUUAUUCUUAUAGAAAUCUAAGAUUAUGGCCUUAGCAGCCACUUAGACACAUGUUGACUGUGUGUUAUUUACAUUGAUGAGGUAUUUGAUAUCAGGAAAAAGACCAAAUGAAGGAUUAUUAAGAUCCUUUUCACCAGUUUCUUAUAAUAAGCUGUAAAGAAAUGGCACACUGAUAAUAUCAUUUCACUCCAAAUCUCCAAGCGUCACCGUCCGCCUGUUUUUUAGAGUUGCUAUGUUGACAUUCCUUCAGCUAUCGGUGGUGAGGUCAUAUACGUUUCAUAAGCCGAGAUGGUGUCUGGGAAGCUGAACAGGUUUUGGAGCUGCUGGGAACACCCAACAAGGUAAUCAUAGUAUGUGCAACAUAUUAUACGAGUAACAUCAUCUGUUGAAAACUAUUGUUCUUGAUAUUUAAACAACAGCGCUUUGGUUUUACUUCCCGUUACCACACGGGGCAGACACACCCACACACUUUGAGAAUCACUGCCUGUCAAAUACGUUCAUGUUUUGAUUGUUAAGUUGUUAGCACUUUUGUCACCACUGCUUAGCCUACAAGUGACAUACGUGAUGUAGCUUGUGGGGUCGCGUCCACACAACGUUUUCUUUUUUCCGUCAAUGUUUCAAAACACUGGACAGCCUGCUAACUGAAAAUUUGGGGGAAAAAGUUGACGCGUUUGCCAUCGUUAUUCAUGUUGCACUAGAUUUUUCAGCCUUUUUUGUUUGUUUUAAUAAAUAUAUUCUAGUAAUGUAAAAUUGUACUGUACAAGAGAAUGCUAAUAAACAUGAAAGGAGGAGUUUUGAGUGUUUUCGUAAGAAUUUACAGUUCACAGGUGUCCUCAAAGCAGCUGACGGUGGAAAACAGGACAUCACGUUGGAUGAUGGAAUAGUUUGCGUAGUUUUUUCUUUCCUGGUUUUAUCCCGCGUAGGGGAACCCUGGGCUUAACCUUGGGCUCAUCCUGAAGAGAGGUGUAAAUGUGAUCGAUGGUCUCUGGUUGGUUGUCUGUUUGCAGCAUUUGCAAGGCUUCCAGUUGGUCCGCUACCUGAAACUUUAGCAUAUAAGAAACAAAAAAAAAAACUGAACACACUCAAUGAGAAUGAAUUCGACAAAAUCUUGGCCAAAUUCAUCGGUGAAUUGUUAAAGCGAUCCUCUAUUUAAAGACAAGUAAUUCUUAAAAGAUAAAUGUUAGUAUAAGUUAUAAAUAGUAAUAGUAAUUAAUCGCAAUUAAACAGAUUAAACAAUUAAUCGUAAUUCAAACCAUCUAUAAAAUAUGCCAUAUUUUUCUGUAAACUUGUGGAAUGGAAAGAUAAGACAUGAUGGAUAUAUACAUUAAACAUAUGGUACAUUAGGACUGUAUUUGUUUAUUAUAACAAUAAAUCAACAAGAUGGGAUUAACAUUAUUAACAUUCUGUUAAAGCGAUCCAUGGAUAGAAAGACUUGUAGUUCUUAAAAGAUAAAUGUUCGUACAAGUUAUAGAAAUUUUAUAUUAAAACCUCUCAAUGUUUUCAUUUUAAUAAAACUUGUAAAAUUUUCAAUCAAAAAAUAAACUAGUAGCCCGCCAUUGUUGAUGUCAAUAAUUACACCAUGCUCACUCAUGGAACUAACCCAUAAAAUCAGUUGGACCCAAACGCCAGCACAGGGUGCCAAACACCAAAGAACAAGUAACAAGCGAACAUUAUACUGUACUGUCAUUUUAGUCUGUUUGAGCAGGGCAUGUGCGUUAAUUGCGUCAAAUAUUUUAACGUGAUUAAUUUAAAAAAUUAAUUACUGCCCGCUAACGCGAUAAUUUUGGCAGCCCUAAUUUUUAUGUAUUAUAGAAGAUUUAUGUCUGAAUUUUGGGGGGCUUGGAACAGAUUAGCGCAUUUAAAUGGAAAACCCGUCUCUACUUAUAGAAUUUUCAAGUUAAAAAACUACUCCCAGAACCAAUCAAUUUCGUAAGUAGAGGUAUCACUAUACUUGAGUAUUCCUUACACCAAAUAAUUUUUUAAUUGUACUUGAGUCCAUUUUUUGUAUGACUUUUACUUGAGUAAUAUAACUUUCAAGUAACACUACUGUUACUCGAGUAACAUUUUUUGGCUUCUCUACCCAUCUCUGAUUCGACUCAAGAUGGACAGAGCUACCAAAUUACCUGUUCCUGAACAGAACUGGAUUUGUUAGUUGAUUUCACCUCCUUAAAAAGAAACGUAGCAGCCGCCUCCCGAUGAAUCCGAACCGCCUCGUCCCCGACUGGCUUGUGGGCUUCAGGGACACUGUAAUCCCUCGGCCUCUCCUCGCUGCACUGCCUACAUCCAGGACGAGUUGGCUGGUUGAUGAAUGUACACCUUGGGCACGCCCAGCCCGUCUGAGAAAGACAGUGCAAUUUCUCAAUUUCUAUGCGCACGAGAGGUAGCUAUGGAACGGACGAAAUGCUGACCUGACGCUUGGGAGGUUUAGGAGGAGGAGGAGGACGAAGAAGAGAAGGAGUACGAAGAAGCGAAGGAGGAGGAGGAGCAGACGGCACUACUUCUGAUGAGGACUCCUUCCUAUCAUUCCCUUCAGGAUUUACUUUAAUCACCUCUCUUGACUCUGUGAGACCUGGGAAGAGAUGACAAUCACAUGUCUGCCUGGAACAAGUUUCUCCAAACAAGAUUAGUUUUUGAAAAGCAAUGCCAAGAAAUGCCUGGUUAUAACUCUGAACUCCUUGAGCAUAAAUUCAACUAAAUUCAGAGAAAAUAUCGGAAGGGCAUUGGAUUGGAACUCAGAAGCAACAAAGCUAUAUUCAGUGGACCAUAGACUUCACUAUCGGUUGACGGGACACGGGACCGAUUCGUAGAGGGCCUGUUUUCAAAAACUUAAAAUUCAAAUAUUUUCAAAACCAAACCCACGAGUGGCCUAAAUCCAAAACGGGCACCUCCCUUUGGUGUAUACAGUGGCGGACUUGGACAUUUUAGGGCCUAAGGCGAACAUAUCCAGGAGCCCUCUUCAUGGUCCUGAUUAGUCAGCCGACUAGUUUUACGAUUCGUCGUCUAAUCUAGUAAUUUUCUUUUUUUUUUUUUUUACUAAUUUAGCAAUUAAAUUUUUGUUGACGCUUAUUAAUUCACAAAGCUAUUUUGGAACACUGAAAUUCUUUAUUAAAGUACAAAUAAUCAUGUAAAUAACAAUAAUUAAUCACAAAUCAAACAAUUAGGUUAAAUGCUGAUAGCAUUUACUAGUGCAAAAGAAUGGAAAGUAAACGGAUUCAGAACACUGACUUUGCCUUUCCAACAUAAUUCAAAACAAUUCUGAAAAAAAAAUUCUACCAUUAUCAUUAAAGUAUACUACUAUAUAUAAUAGUAGUAUAAUAAUUAUUCAUUGCCAAUCAUAUUUGUCACAAAGAGUGUCAUUUGAAAGCUAUUCUUAGUAUAGAAUCUGUAUUCCGUAGUAUUUACUCUACAUAUUAUAUUAAUUCUGAAGUAUGUGGGAUUAACUCCAGAAAUCGUUAUUUAUAUGAUAUCCAUGAUGUGCUUUUAUUUUGAAAUGUUCACCGGAGGUACGUUUGCUAAACCGCUAACCGAAAGCUUUACACUCUGUAAAAAACAUUCUUCGUCAUUGCUUGUGGUGUCACUAAUAGAUUAUUUUUUUUUUUUCCUUAGCAAAUGCUGUUAACCAGCUGUUGAGUGUUAUUGUAUGAUUGAUUGGAACUGUACUGCAUUGUUUCGCCACAGGGUGGCCUGUCGUGUAGUUUAUGUUCGGUGUGAAGAAGAAGAAAGUUAAAAGAGGCAUUUGCGGCAUGUUCUCAACGUCUUCCUAACUGCACUUUUGCGAGCACGUUCGCUCAUGUGUUCGAAAUAAACGAUAGCCGACGUGCAAAGUAGCAAGUGAGCUGUAAAAAUAGCGAGCUUAGUGGCGUGAAAAAUGUGGGG